AUGAUCAAUUGGGCCGCCAAUAGUCUCUAUCGCACCCUCCCUGCUCGAUACUCCUCGUCCACCGCCGCGCCCGCGCAGACCGAGACCGCAUCUGCCUCUGCCAGCGCAACAAAGAGCCAUCACACCACCACAAGCACCAGCACACAAAGCACCUCAACAUCAACCUCCACCUCCACCUCUACUUCCACCACCACCACCGACUCAAGCAGCAGUCUUUCAGGCGGCGCAAUUGCAGGAAUCGUCAUUGGUGGCGUCGCCGCCAUCGUAAUUCUACUGCUGCUGAUCUUCCGGAAGAAAAUCCUAGCCUCAUUCGGAAAAGGGAAGGCCGCCUCAGACGAUGGACCGGCCUGGUCACCGGUCUACAUGCCUCCCGAGACCCAGUCCGUGUCGCAAGCCACAUCGAACUGGCAGACAUCUGAAAUGUCCUCGGACCAGCAGCCUCAAAUGUUUCACGAGAUUGAUUCGUCGCAGGCAAAGAGGUCUCAGACAGUGCAUGAAUUGGGAUGA